AUGUGGAAGCUUAAAGUUUCAGAAGGGGAUGAUCCAUGGCUUACAAGUGUAAAUAACCAUUCUGGUAGACAGUACUGGGAAUUUGAUCCUAACCUAGGAACACCCGAAGAACAAGCUGCCAUUGAAAAGAUUCGCAAGGAGUUUCACAACAACCGUUAUAAUAUGAAACAUAGUUCUGAUUUGCUAUUGCGAUUUCAGCUUGCAAAGGAGAAUCCUGCUGAGGUAGAGUUGCUGCAGCAGGUUAAAGUAGAAAGUGAAGAAGAAAUAACAGUUGAAGCAGUGGAAAUUACAUUGAAAAGGGCCUUAAGAUUCUAUUCAACUCUUCAGGUUGAAGAUGGGCACUGGCCUGCUGAUUAUGGUGGCCCUUUGUUUCUCAUGCCAGGCUUGGUCAUAUCCUUGUUUGUAAUGGAUGCUCUAAACAUAAUCCUGCCUGAAGAACAUCAAAGAGAGAUAUGUCGCUAUUUGUAUAAUCAUCAGAACGUUGAUGGAGGCUGGGGCUUGCACAUAGAAGGACACAGCACCAUGUUCGGUACGGCCCUCAAUUAUGUUACAUUAAGACUUCUUGGUGAAGAUAUGAGAAAUGGAGAUGGGGCAAUUGAGAAAGCAAGAACAUGGAUUCUUGAUCACGGUGGUGCCACCUACAUUCCUUCAUGGGGAAAAUUUUGGCUCUCGGUACUUGGCGUAUAUGAGUGGAAUGGCAAUAACCCUUUACCUCCUGAAUUAUGGCUUCUUCCUUAUCUUUUGCCUGUUCACCCAGGGCGUAUGUGGUGUCAUUGCCGGAUGGUGUACCUACCGAUGUCAUAUAUAUACAGGAAGAGAUAUGUUGGGCCAGUUAACGACACUGUUCUAUCACUUAGAAAAGAGCUCUAUACGCAUCCUUAUCAUCAAAUUGAUUGGCAAUUGGCCAGACAUCAAUGUGCCAAGGAAGAUCUAUACUUCCCACAUUCAUCUAUUCAAGAUAUCAUCUGGGAUGGUCUUCACAAGUUUGGAGAAACUCUUCUUAUGCAAUGGCCUUUUUCUAAACUAAAGCUUAAGGCUCUAAGCAUUGUGAUGCAACAUAUACAUUAUGAGGAUGAAAACACUCAUUACGUAUGUCUUGGACCUGUGAAUAAGGUACUAAACAUGCUCUGUUGUUGGGUUGAUGAUCCGAAUUCGAUGGCAGUCAAAUUACAUCUUUCAAGAAUAAAGGAUUACCUGUGGGUGGCUGAAGAUGGCAUGAAGAUGCAGGGGUACAAUGGAUCUCAAUUGUGGGAUGUUUCUUUUUCUGUCCAAGCGAUAUUGGCAACCAAUCUUACCGGAAACUAUGGUUUGAUGCUUAAUAAAGCACACGAGUUCAUCAAAAUAUCACAGAUUAGGAAAGACAGCUCAGGAAAUAUUAGGUCAUGGUAUCGCCACACAUCUAAAGGUGGUUGGACAUUUUCCACUCAAGACAGUGGAUGGCCAGCAUCAGACUGCAGUGCAGAAGGCUUGAAGGCAUCGCUUUUGUUAUCACAGAUGCCAUCUGAUAGUGCUGGAGAAGCAUUAGAACCAAGAAAUCUUUAUGAUGCUGUUGAUUUAAUUCUAUCCCUUCAGAAUAGCAGUGGAGGUUUUGCAUCGUAUGAGCUCACGAGAUCAUAUCCUUGGUUGGAGCUGAUCAAUCCAACAGAAACAUUUGGGGAUAUAGUUAUUGACUACCAGUAUGUCGAAUGCACGUCUGCAGCAAUACAGAGUCUCAAAUCUUUUAUCGCAUUGUAUCCAGGAUAUCGGAGUAAAGAAAUCGACGCGUGUGUUAAGAAAGCACUUAAAUUCAUCGAAAGCAUACAGCUCCCUGAUGGCUCAUGGUACGGAUCUUGGGGAGUAUGUUACACCUACGGGACAUGGUUUGGCAUAACUGGAUUGAUUGCCGGUGGUAAGACCUACGAAAAUAGCUAUAGCAUCAGAAAAGCUUGUGAUUUCCUUCUAUCAAAGCAACUUUCAUCUGGUGGCUGGGGUGAAAGCUAUCGUUCAUGCCAAGACAAGACAUACACAAAUCUUGAAGGGAACAAAUCGCAUAAUGUAAACACUGGAUGGGCUAUGCUGGCUCUUAUUGAAACUGGGCAAGCCAACCGGGAUCCAACCCCAUUGCAUCGUGCUGCUAAAGUGUUGAUCAAUUCACAAAUGGAAAAUGGGGACUUUCCACAACAGGACAUUAUUGGAGCAUUCAAUAAGAACUGUAUGAUAAGCUACUCAACCUAUAGAAACAUCUUUCCCAUCUGGGCUCUUGGAGUGUAUCUCAACAAGGUGUUGCUACCUGCAACGACAUUUGUAUAA